CCCACGUCCGGCCGCUGCGCCCGCGCUUCCGCUGCCGGGGAGGGGCCGCGGCCGUUGCGGCGGGGCCGAGCCGGUCCGGUCCCAGCGCCGGCUGAGGGGAGCGGGGGCGCCCGGGCCGGCCAUGGCGCUGGACAGCGGCUUCGCCAGCUCGGCGCGGGGCGCCGUGAAGAUCGCCCGCACGGUGGUGGCGUUUGUAACGUUCCUGUGCUUCGUGGCCUCCCGCGCACACGAGGCGUACUCGGCGCUGGCCGCCAUGGAGGUGACGGUCACCGCGCUGUUCUUCGUGCUGUACCUGCUGCAGCUGGACAAGAAGCUGAGCUGGCUGUGCUGGCCCCUGGCCGAUUUGUUCAACUCGGUGAUUGCCGCAUUGUUCCUCCUCGUUGUGUGCAUGUUUGCCGUAACAGUCAAGACCAACAAAGGGACACUGACUGGAGGAGUAUUUGGUCUUGUAUUGCUUGUUCUCUGUGUUCUCGACGCGGUUAUUCUUUUCCAGAAGAUUAGCUUUGGUGAACCAAGAGGAAGUAAUACUCCUGCGAAAUAAAUUUACAUUUUAGCCAAAGAAUUAUUUCUCCAUUGAUUAUUGUUCUACUGUUCUCCUUGAAUUUCUUGUGCAUUUAUGUACAUUUUUGGAAGUGUCAUUCAUAAGUUUUCUUGCAUUUACAAAUGUAGUUUCAGUGUUACAAUUUCACCAGUGUAAGCCUCACAGAAAACUACCUUGUUUUUCUAAACUUAAAUACAUUUUUAGCUGUUGGAAAAUUAAUUUCAUUAUUGUUGUCUUUCUGUAAUAAAAAGAAAAUAAAAAUGG